UCAUGAACAGGGAGCAACAAGAAUGGUAUUGUACAUUGGAGCCACUAUUACAACGAAUCAAUCAAAUGUUCAUGCUAUGUCUACAUUAGAACUAGACUCCUACCCUGAAUCUCUUUAUUUCGCUGAUAGUAUCACUCUUAAAGAUGCCUAUCAAGGAAAGUAUAUCAUUACCUACAUAUACGGUUUUGCUUCGACAGAUUUUUUUUAUUUCUUGACCACUCGAAUGAAUUCUACACAGCCCUCGAUAUACACAUCAAAAUUAAUUAGGAACUGUCAAGAUAUUGAAUUCUUGAAUUACUAUUACUACACGGAGAUUCCGAUUGAAUGCUAUGAUGAAAACCAAACAAAAUAUAACUUAGCCCAAGCUGCAUUCGUUGGAAAACCAGGUUCCGAAUUGGCAAAUUCGCUAGGUAUUACUCUAGAAGACGAUGUCUUGUUUGGGAUUUUUGCUCAAAGUGAAAAGCAAACUGUGGGAUUUGAAUCAAGUAAACCAAGUAAUAGAAGUGCAAUGUGCAUAUAUUCGCUGAAAGAAAUAAAUGAGAAGUUCACUGAAAAUAUCCAACGUUGCUUCAAUGGAACGGGAUAUCGCGGACUGGAAUUCAUGAACCCACCAGAUCUAAAAUGUGAAAAUAUGAACCAGUCCAUUGAGUCCAUGGGUUCCAAAUUCUGCAGAGCACCGGCAGAAAAUAUGCCUCUCGAAGGAAACUCCCCAGUAAAAACAAAUGCUUCCAUUACAUUUGAUACGCUUGUUACAGCUGUCCGUGCACAAUCAUAUCCAAAUAAUUUCACUGGUGUCUUUGUGGGUACAAAUACCGGCCAUUUGAACCAAAUAGUGGUGGAAAACAAAUUCAAUACAUACAAAUACAAGGAUAUUGCUAUUGAUGAAGGAUUUGCAAUUAACUCAGACCUACAUUUUGACUCGGAAACGGAUCACUUGUACAUUAUGACUGAGCAGAAGCUGACCAAAAUUAAGAUUUCAUUUCAUUUCCCAUCAAUAUCCUCAUUCCAACCUACAGUAGGACUAUUAGGGGAAAUCAUCAAUGUUACGAUUAUAGGUAAUAACUUGGCUUGUUCAAGCAACAAUAUCCAACAUAGUAUUGCAGUUGCUGGAAUACCUUGUGCCGUUUGUCGACCUCUGCGUUCUGCAGAAAUCGUUUGCACCAUUAAUACUCGUAGUAUGAAUUCAGCAGAACUUGAAGUAUACGAAGGUCCAGUUGAAAUUCAAGGAGAUGGCAUUAAAGCUAAAUCCAAACAAAAGUUUGUGAUUCUUGAUCCAAAAAUUGAGAGAAUUUUUCCAACAGAAGGCUCUUUAUAUGGUGGUAACAAACUGAUCAUUAAUGGUAAAAACUUUAUAGCUAAAAGUUCUUUAGAUGUUUACAUUGGAAAUGUAUCAUGUUUAGUAUUUCAUCACGAUCAAAAUGAAAUAACUUGUAUCACUGGUCCAUCUCCUAUUCUGACAAAUAACAUAGCUAUAAAAUUUAAUGAAAAUUUCCGCAUUUUUAACUACACAUACAAAUAUUUUGACACUGAUCUUGAUGGAAAAGGUCACAAUCUUACACUGAAAGGCAUUCCUGCUGGAGGAAUCACAAUUUUCAUGCACAAUCCGGGGUUGAACAAAGCAUCAAUAGGAAAAUUGUUUUUUCAAGUGAAUAACAACAGUCAAACUUACAAUGGUACAAAAUGUGGAGUAGAAAAUUCAACUACGUUUACCUGUUUAUCACCUCAUAUGCCAGAUAUUGACAGUUAUUCGCUAGAUACAGAAAAUCCUCAAGUAUUCAAGUACACACUUAUGGUAUCACUCAACAGGACAAAUGCUGGAAACCCUUUAUCAAUCAAGUCGUCCAAGUUUUUUGUAUACCCAAACCCAGUUUUUGAGCAUUAUUCCGUCACUGAGCUUGAUGAAAACAUUCGUUUUGUUAUUAAAGGACGAAAUAUCGAUAAUGCUUGUCGAGUUGAUGAUUUCAUUGUGCGGGUAGGAGAUAAAAAUUGCACAGUAUUUAUAUUAUCUCAAAGUGACCUGACUUGUCAGGUACAAAAAUCUGCACUGAAGUACGAUUAUUCCAAAAAUACCACAGAACUUGAUUUUUCAACUGCUUAUGUAAAUGUUACUGUGCAAAUUGGGAACAAUGCGGAGCAAGUUGUACCCUAUCUUGAGGCGGGUACCCCGGUAACCACUACCAAAGAAUCUGAGUACAAUAAUUGGAUAAUCUAUACUGUAUGCUUCGGUGCUAUCAUUUUCGUUGUAAUCAUCUUCGUACUGAUAAAACUAUUGAUUGGAUAUCGAAAGAGGUCCUUUAAAAGCUUGAAAAUAUCGAGGGAAAUGCAGCAACAAAUUAACAAGAUGGGCAUGGAUGCGAUAGCGAUGAGACAAUGUAUAAAGCAGAUAGUUGUGGAGAAAAAAAUCGACGUUGAUGGAAGUUUAGCAAACAUAUUGAAAUUGCCAAAUAUUACGAUCGCGUAUACGCCCGUUACUGAAACGAAUGUAGAAACUUCACCAGAGAUGGAAUUUUAUCUACCACUAGAUACCAAAUGGGAAUUUCCACGAGAAAAAUUGGUUUUAGGAAGAUUUCUAGGUGAGGGAGAAUUCGGAAGAGUUGUUCAAAGUGAAGCUUCGGGCAUCAUAGAUGAGAAUAUCACCACGACUGUGGCUGUUAAAAUGUUGAAAGUGAAACAUUCCGAUGCAGAUAUGAUUGAUUUAGUAUCAGAAAUGGAAAUCAUGAAACUAAUUGGAAUGCACUCCAAUGUUUUACGUUUGCUCGGAUGCUGCACUCAAAAUGGCCCUUUACUGAUCAUCACAGAAUAUGCAGUUCAUGGGAACCUACUAAGCUUUCUUCACAAGCACCUUGCUUCUGAAAAUUUUGAAACAGCACCAAGCGAGCUAUCUCAAAGGACAUUGGUUACAUUUGGUCUUCAAGUUGCUCGAGGGAUGGAAUACUUGUCUUCUAUGAAAUGUGUGCAUCGAGAUCUUGCCGCGAGAAAUAUUUUAGUAUCGGAUAACCAGAUUUUGAAAAUAGCUGACUUUGGUUUAGCCAGAGAUAUUAAGAACAAAGACUACUACAGAAAAAAAUCAGGUGGUAAACUGCCAGUAAAAUGGAUGGCACCAGAGGCAUUGCUCCAUAAGCUAUAUACAGUUCAAUCCGAUGUAUGGUCUUAUGGCAUACUGUUAUGGGAAAUUAUGACUUUGGGUGGCUCACCUUAUCCCACAUUCACCGACAUGAAGAAAUUGUUGCGAGACUUGCAUUCUGGAUAUCGCAUGGAGAAGCCUCCGAAAUGUUCUAUGGAAAUGUACAGCAUUAUGCGUCAAUGUUGGAAUUACGUACCUAAAGAUAGACCAUCAUUUUCGGCGAUUGUUGAAAAUUUGGAGGAAAUAUUGCAAAGUACCGGCGAUGAUGAAAUUUUGGAGGAAUCUGAUUCAUACGAGUCAAGUAGUAUUGACAGUGACUGCAGUGAAACUGGUAAUGAAGCUUUGGAAGGUGACCACUUAUUAUUACACCAAAAUAAUUCUUAAAGUUAUUGGCGUUAAAAGUUACAAUAAAUAUUUACCUACCUGU